AUGUCUGACCCAAUAUUCCAUUGGUCAAUCAGCAGUGAAAUACGGACUGGACAAGAGCCCGUACUCAAAGUCACCCAUUCGACUUGUUAUACGGGUCUUACUGACUUUUCUUCACAACUAUCCACGCAACCAAUGCAUAUAUAUCAGUACAAAAGCCUUGGUCCUCUACCCGCUGGCAUGGGAUCUCCUGCUAUGCCAAAUCCAUCUCCACGAGACUGCUCACUAUUACACGACUCUGCCACACAGCGGGACAAUUCGGGUCAACAUACGACCUCGGUGAACGUCAAUUAUUCCGCUCGUUUGACCCAUUCGCGUGGUCACCACGGCAUUCAUGCGCAACAGUCAGAUGGCAUUGCCUCUUCGAAUCCCACCGAAUUAGUGUCCAUGUCUAUGCACACACCGCCCUCAAACUAUUGGCCGCCGCCGCUGCAGGCGUGA